AUGUCAUUUUCUUCAUUUGAAAUUUAUAAAAAAAUAUCACUAGAUCGUUACAAACCACCAAUGACAAAUAUUUACAUGGAUGAUAUAAUUUUUCAUUCACCACAAAAAAAUUCUCAAUACUUUCAUCAUUUACGAACUUAUCCUGCUCUUUCAGAAUUGCCUGGUAAUUAUAUUAUGCAAAAUAAUCCGCUACAUUAUUCUCGUAUACAAUUGCGUGAUGUAUUAUUUUUUAUUGCAAUUUUGAUCUCAUUAUUUAUUGUUUUACUAAUGCUAGCUUUAAUUUUGAUGUACAAGAAAUAUAGAAGAUAUCGAAAUAUUUUACCACCUUCAAAUGAAAGUAAUUUUUUUUCAAAAUUACAAAAUAAAGUUAAGUAUUUUAAACUUAAAGAAGAAAAUUCCAGUAUUGGUGAUGAUAAAUAUGGGGUUUUGGUUUGA